AUGACUCCUAUUCAGUUGGCCCCGAAGGGCGCGGCUCGCUGCUGCCCUGCGCCCGCGCGCGAGCGCCCUGCUGGCCCGCGCCUGCCCCUGAGCGCCCUGCCCUGCCCAUCGCGACCCCCCCGCGAGGGGCAGCGCGGCGUCGCGUGCGGCGCAGCGAGCACGGUGGGAAGCCGCGCUACUGGCUCCUUCAUGGGCAAGGACGAGGUGCCUCUUUUGGGCCUCGGACUCGCGGCGCUGGGUCGCCCUGGAUACAUCAAUCUCGGCCACGGGUCCGACCUCGGCCCGAACCACAGCGUCGAGGCUCUGCGCGACCAUUGCUGCAAGGUCUUGGACGCGGCCCUGGAGCUCAAUCUGCAGUACAUCGACGUCGCGCGGAGCUACGGCAAGUCGGAGGAGUUCCUUGCCCACUAUCUCCAGACGCGAAUCCUCAGCGCUCGUCGUUCCGGCCUUCUCGUGGGGUCGAAGUGGGGGUACACCUACACGGCCGACUGGCAGGUGGACACCCAAGGAGGUCCCCACGAGGUGAAGCAGCACACGGCCGCGAACCUCGCGACGCAGCAGGCGGAGACCGCGCACCUUCUCGGAGAUGUCGAUCUGUACCAGAUCCACUCCGCCACGCUCGAGUCGGGAGCCCUGAGCCACGACGUCGUCAGCGGACUCAUCAAGCUGCGCGACGACCGCGGCUGGCGCCUCGGCCUGUCGCUCUCCGGCGCUGAGCAGGCAGAGACGUUGCGCGCAGCCAUGAAGAUCAAGGUCGGCGGACGGCCGCUCUUCGACGCCGUGCAGGCCACGUGGAACCUCCUCGAGCCGAGCGUCGGCCCGGCCCUGCUGGAGGCGCGGGAGGCAGGCAUGGACGUGAUCGUCAAGGAGGCUGUUGGCAACGGGCGGCUCCUCACCGGCGACGACAACUGCUGCUCGUGGAGCGGCGGAGCGUCGGUGCUGCAGCGCGAGGCGGUUGAGCGCGGCUGCGACCCGGACGCGCUCGCCAUCGCGUGCGCGAUCGUCCAGCCCUUCCGGCCGAUGGUCCUGUCCGGCGCCGCCACAGUCUAUCAGCUGCAGUCCAACGCCAACGCGCUGUCGGUCGCGGAGAACCUAGACGUCGACGACGCGAACAGGUUGGCCAUGCGCGCGAAGCAGCACCCAGAGGCGUACUGGCAGGAGCGCGCGGCCAUGAUAUGGAACUAG